AUGCUGUGCCGUGUGACCUCCAGGCUGCCAGCCAGGAUGUGGGGCAGGACUUCAGAGAAACAGUUGUGGAGAGACAAUAGUCAGACUCCUCCCCCAUGUCUUAUCCAUAGACUUGACCACAUUGUGAUGACAGUGAAGAGUAUCAAAGACACCACCAUGUUUUAUUCCAAGAUCCUCGGCAUGGAGGUCGUGACUUUCAAGGGAAACAGGAAAGCAUUAUGUUUUGGAGACCAAAAAUUUAACCUCCAUGAGGUGGGAAAGGAAUUUGAACCCAAAGCUGCUCACCCAGUUCCUGGCUCCCUGGACAUAUGCCUGAUCACAGAGAUGCCUGUGGAGGAAAUGGUCCAACACCUCAAGGCUUGUGAUGUCCUCAUUGAGGAAGGUCCAGUGCCCAGAACGGGGGCAAAAGGGCCCAUUAUGUCCAUCUAUUUCCGAGACCCUGACAGAAACCUAAUUGAGGUGUCCAACUAUAUCUCCUCAUGAUUCAGACUGGCCCUUCUCCAUUCUGUUCCCCGUGAUGCUGUGCUCUCCCUUCCUUCCUGCAAACCCUUGCCCACCCUCACAGAUCUCUAAGGAUUGAAGAUUAAAUUUUACACUUCACACCUCCUGCUGGGGGAUCCUGAGAUGGGUUUGGGACCAAACCUACACAUCUGAAUGUCCUCCAUCCAAGCUUCCUCAAUAAAUUAAUAACCUCUCAAU